UGGAUUCCAUUACCAAUCUACUACUCUCAUCUUUUCUCUGUUCCAUCUUAGUAGUCUCCACCACUGCAGUGAACACCAUAUCCACAACUCAAUCCGUUAAAGACGGUGACACAAUAGUAUCCAUUGGAGGAAGCUUCGCGCUCAGGUUUUUCAGCCCUGGAAGUUCCAAAAACCGAUACGUUGGCAUAUGGUACAACAAGAUAUCUAAUGAUUCCAGGACUGUUGUAUGGGUUGCCAACAGAGAAACCCCCCGUCACCGAUUCCUCGGGCAUUUUAAUGGUUACCCAACAAGGCGUUCUCAUCCUCCUCAACAGUACACAAAGUAUCAUUUGGUCUUCCAAUUUGACAAAACCCGGAAAAAACCCAGUUGCAGAGCUCCUGGAAUCAGGGAAUUUGGUUCUAAGAAAUGCUGAUGAUGAUAACCCGGAGAAUUAAUUGUGGCAGAGUUUUGACUAUCCGACUGACACGUUUUUACCCGGUAUGAAGUUUGGAAUUCACUAUGAAACUGGGCUUAAUAUGAGCCUGUGGUCAUGGCAGAGGAGUGACAAUCCAGCUCAAGGAGAUUAUACAUACAGUAUGGAUUCUCAUGGCAGAGGAGUGACAAUCCAGCUCAAGGAGAUUAUACAUACAAUAUGAGCCUGGUGUCCUGUUCAGUGGAAUGCCUACUAUAUCUUCAAACCCCAUUUACAAUUUCACCUUUGUGUUGAAUCAGAAUGAGACUUAUUUCAAUUACGAUCUUCUCAAUAGCUCGGUUGUCACAAGAAUGGUGAUGAAUCAGGAUGGUGUUCUAAGGCGCAUGGCAUGGAUAGAAGGAUCAUCCACCAGUUGGGUUGAACACUUGACUACAGAGAUAACAAAUUGCGAUACCUUUGCAUCUUGCGGUCCUUAUGGUCUCUGUACUGUUAGUAACUCCCCAGAAUGUGGUUGUUUGCAAGGAUUUGAACUGAAAUUUCCUAAAGAUUGGGGUAUGGAUUGGUCAAAUGGGUGUGUUCGAAGAACACCCUUGAAUUGUAGUGGUGUUAAUGGAGAUAAGUUUUGGAAGUACUCCGGUGUUAAAGUGCCGGAUAGAAAAUUCAUUAGGGCUGAGCAAGGAAUCCGUGAAAUCCGUAAACCGAUCCAGUCCAGUCCAAUCCGAUAGGUUUGGAUUGGUUUUUUGAAUCCGUGGUUCGGUUCUGGAUUGAAGAAUUAAAAAUCCGUAGUC